UCGAGAACAACUACCAUAACCGUUUAUGUCUGAACGGAUAAACCAUGGCAAUGGCCAGCGCCACCACUUCGGCCAGCUCCACCACCCCAAUUCUCUCCCCCACCACCGCCACCACCACCUCAAUCUUCCACCAAUCCCUCCACACAGUUUCCAAACUGCCUUUCUCCAAACUCACCUCAAAAUCCGUCAUUAGACCAACCACCAAGCUCCAAGUGUCUAGCUCCAAGCCCACCACCACCACAACCACCACCACCUCCAAAGUCGCCCAAGAAACCGUCUUUUUUGAUGGUGGAGCCCACUAUGGUGACCUCUUAGCAAACCUUCUUCUGGGUUUCACUCUUCUUUGGCUGCCAUUAACUUUAGCUGCAGUUUUGAGGGCAUUUUUCUUAAGGUACAGGUUUACCAAUUUGAGGGUCACAGUUAUUUCUGGCCUAACUGGUCAAGAUAGAAGUGAUUUUUCAUAUAAGGUGAUUAAAGAUGUCCAGGCUGUACCGAGAUUUAUUGGUGAAUGGGGUGAUAUCAUCAUUACUUUGAAAGAUGGAACUAAGGUGGACUUGAGAAGUGUUCCCAAGUUUAGGGAAAUUGCAAAGUAUUGCCUGAAAAUGGCUGAGCAGCCUGUGGUUUUGAAGGAAAGUGGACCUAAAGGGUUUUGAUUUGUGGGUUCCUUUUGGGAGAGGUAUGUAACGAUACAUGGUUUCUAAGGAUUAUUUGUCUAAUGUUGAGUACUUGUGUGGUACAUUGGUUUUGGCAGAUGCUUUUGUAUACAAAUUCAUGAUUUAAUUAUUCAGUUUUCUUCAAAUCCUGAUCUUUUGUUGGAUUGUGGUUCGCCUGUAGUUAUUGUAAGUUUAGCUUGUGAGAAAGGCUUGGUGGCUAGACUGUGAAAUGCAAUCUUCUUUAUGUAUCUAUGUUA